AUGGCAGUAGAUCAAGCUUCGAUUCCAUUCAAUGUCUCUGAACAUUAUCAGGUUUUAGAGGUCAUAGGAGAAGGUGCUUAUGGCGUUGUUGUAGCCGCAACUCACAUAGCAUCAGGAACCAAAGUAGCCAUCAAGAGAAUAACCCCUUUUGAUCAUGCAAUGUUCUGUCAACGAACUCUGCGUGAAAUUAAAUUAUUGAGGCAUUUCAGACACGAAAACAUCAUUGCUAUACUUGAUAUCAUAGCUCCUCCAAGUUAUGAGCAAUUCCACGAAGUCUAUCUUGUGCAGGAACUUAUGGAAACGGAUCUACAUAGAGUGAUUCGAACUCAAGAAUUAUCGGAUGAUCAUUGUCAAUAUUUCAUAUAUCAGACUAUUAGAGGGUUAAAAGCACUUCAUUCAGCCAACGUACUUCACAGAGAUCUGAAACCAUCAAACUUGUUGUUAAACGCAAAUUGUGAUUUGAAGAUAUGCGACUUUGGUCUUGCAAGAUCAGCAGCCAUGCCUCCACCUGAUUCAGGUCCCAACGGAGGAAACGGUUUUAUGACUGAGUAUGUAGCUACAAGGUGGUACAGAGCUCCGGAAGUCAUGCUCUCUUUCCAAGAAUACACAAAAGCCAUUGAUAUCUGGAGUGUAGGAUGUAUCUUGGCUGAAAUGAUCAAUGGAAAACCGUUAUUCCCUGGAAGGGACUAUCAUCAUCAAUUGUCGUUGAUAUUGGAUGUGCUGGGAACACCGACUAUGGACGACUUCAAUGAGAUUACAUCACCUAGAUCAAAAGACUACCUCCGAGCACUUGAUUUCACUCGAAGACAAGAUUUUGCCGUUGUUUGUCCGAAAGCGAAACCCAACGCUCUCGACUUGUUGAGAAAAUGCUUAACGUUUUCACCAAGUAAGAGAAUCACUGUAGAAGAGGCGUUAGAACACCCAUACCUCGAACCCUAUCAUGAUCCUAACGAUGAACCUGGAGCGGAACCUUUAAAACCUGAUUUCUUCAACUUUGAGAAUAGACAAGAUCAAUUAGGGAGGGAAAUGCUAAAACGUCUAAUUUACGCUGAGAUCCAAAAACCUAUUCAUGAUGAGCAAGAGCAAUGA